GCCAGCAGCAGGAGCCUCCUCAAGCUGGCAGUGAUGGAGGUGAAGUGGAUUCACUUGGUGGUCCUCAUCCUCUUCCUCCUCUCUGUUGCAAUGACAGGAUGCUUCCUCUGGCAGUACAGCCUCCCCAAGGUGGAGCCCAGUCCAUCUGUGCUGGAAGCAAAGGCAGAGGCUGUGCAGAUGUGUCCCCGCUACCCAGAACCGGUACCACUGGACCAUCCUAUCCCCAUCCUGAAGGAGGCAUUGGAGAAGGUGGAUUUGAUGCUGCGCCAAAGGAUUCAGAGCUCUGGUGUCCCUGCCAUGUCUGCCAUCGUCAUCUACAAUGACACAGUGCUCUGGACAGGCAACUUUGGGAAGAAGAAUGGGUCAGACCCCCUCUCCGUGGUGCCCAACGAGUACACUAUUUACAGAAUUGCCAGUGUCUCCAAGAUCUUCCCCACCAUUAUGUUAUACAAGAUGUGGGAGGAAGGAAAAAUCACUUCUCUCGACGACCCCUUGGAACGUUACGCCCAGAAUUUUGUUAUCAAGAACCCUCUGGGGAGGUUCAAGGAAUCCGAGCAGAGGUACCCAGCAGAGGGGGUGGUUUUUUCAGAGAAAGGCUCAGUGCCACUGAAGCCAUCUCCUGUCACCCUCCGAAGAAUGGCCAGCCAGCUCUCAGGGCUGCCCAGGAGGCUGCGUUCCACCAGCCUGCUCUGGAAGGGCAGCACCCAAGAGGCUCUUGCUCUGCUGAAAGAUGAUGUCUUGGUUGCUGACCCUGGAACCAGGUGCCACUACAGCAACUUGGCCUUUUCCCUGCUGGCACACGUGCUGGCUGACCACGCUGCUGAAGGACAAUACCAACGCUGGAUCUGGGAGAACAUCCUGGACCGUUUGGGCAUGGAGGACACCGGCUUUGACAUCACCCCCCCCAUCCUCUCCCAAAUGGCCGUGGGCUUCUACAGCAGCCAGCAACCAGCCCCCCUCUACGACCUGGGCUGGUACAGACCUUCUGGCCAGAUGUAUUCCACUGCUGCUGACCUUGCCAAGCUGGCAAUGGUCUUCCUAGGCACCUACCACCGGCGUCUCCUGGAGCCUGACACCCUGAAGACCAUGCUGACCCCCCUGCUCAAGUGCUCCAAGGAAUACUUUGCCAACAAGACAGGCACGCCCUGGGAGAUCAAUGAGCAGCUGGGCUACGAUGUCAUUAGGAAGGAUGGGGACCUGGAUGGUUAUUCUGCCACCUUCUCCCUCAUCCCCAAGCUCCGGCUGAGCUUCAUCGUGCUGAUGGCAGGGCCCAGGCCUCAGGGGGAGGAUUUGGUGGCUCGGACAUACGAGCAUCUUAUCCCUGCCAUGGAGACAGCCUUCAGAGGGGCAGAGAAAAACUUGAUUCCUGCUCCAAAUCCAGGCCCUUACGUUGGUUACUAUACCUAUUCCAACUUGACUUUCUACGAGAUUAAAGUCGGGCCUGGUGGGGUGUUGGUCAUGCAGCAGUUUGGACCUCACGUGGAAGAGUUGAUUCCUGAAAAGUACCGGACAAUCAAGCUCCAGCACCUGGAAGAUCGUGUUUUCCAAGUGGUUUUUGACAAGGAGUUCCCUUGUGUUCUGUACCUGGGCUCUGCCUCCAUCUCCCUGGAGACCCAGAACGGGCAGCUCUUUAAUUUUUAUCCCUUUGAUAGGAAGGGUUUGUCCCCUGGGUUUGAUGCCCCGGGGCUGAACACCUACAACGUGGUGCGGGUGCUCCGCAAGCCCAUGUUCUACACCUAA